CCAGCUCUUCACACCUUCAUUUAACACUAUUGAAUUGAUCCUUGCUCGUUCAGUCCACAAUCUUGUCAACACAUUCCAUCCAAAAUAAGCCAAUAUGGGCAAGAUCGAGAGCGUCCACACCAACGCGGCACCGCAGCCCCUCCCGCAGUUCUCACAGGCCGUCAAGUACAACGGCAUGGUCUACUGUUCCGGGAACAUCGGGCUCGACCCGGCAACGAAACAAAUCGUCGAGGGAACCGUCAAGGACAGAGCGAGACAAGCCCUCAAGAAUCUCCAGUCUGUCCUCGAAGAGGCUGGAAGUGGUUUGCGCAACGUGGUCAAGGUGAAUGUUUUCAUCACGACCAUGGAUGACUUUGCGACAAUGAAUGAGGCGUAUGACGAGUUCUUCACCUCUGACCCGAAGCCGUGCCGGACUUGCGUCGCUGUGAAGCAGCUGCCUUUCAACACGGACGUGGAGAUCGAAUGCACAGCGGCCCUCUCCAUUCCUUCCUCUCGACUGUAAAUUUUGUUGUCCUAGCCAUUCGAGGGAAGCUGUGGGCAUCUCCAUCUUCUUGCAGGCAGUGUUCUUGGCUCGUCUAGGAUUUGAUUUCCUUUUCCUCCGUUCCUCCUUCAAUUUACCCUCGGGGAGGGGGCCUGCAUGUUGAGGAUCAAUAAGCAGUAAGAAUACAAGGGCCAUAUUAGCAUAUUUUCUUAAACAUGGUUGGCACGGAUGAUUCAUCGUUGACCACGGACGGUGCCUGACGUGCCUGGGUCGAGACCCCCAGACCGCCUAGCGUGCUCAGCUUAGCGUGCUCGGCUUAGCGGUGCUAUAGUGAUUGACGUAAUGAACGCAUCAAUCUAUAUUGGGUCA